AUGGAACCAGGCAAUGAUACCCAAAUUUCAGAAUUCCUUCUUCUGGGACUUUCACAGGCACUGGAACUGCAGCCCCUCAUAUUUGGGCUUUUCCUCUCCAUGUACCUGAUCACUGUGUUGGGAAACCUGCUCCUCAUCCUGGCCGUCAGUUCAGACUCCCACCUCCACAUCCCCAUGUACUUCUUCCUCUCCAACCUGUCCUUGGUAGAUAUCUGUUUCAUCUCCACCACCAUCCCAAAGAUGCUGUGGAACAUUCAGACACAGAACAAAGCCAUCACCUAUGAAGGCUGCAUCACACAGAUGUAUUUUUUCUUACUCUUUGGAGGUUGGGACAUCUUCCUUCUAACUGUAAUGGCCUAUGACAGGUAUGUGGCCAUCUGCCACCCCCUGCACUACAUAGUCAUCAUGAACCCCCGGCUCUGUGGACUGCUAGUUCUGGUGUCUUGGAUCCUGAGUGUCUUGAAUUCCUUGUUAGAAAGCUUAAUGGUGUUGGGUCUGCGCUUCUGCUCAGACUUGGAAAUACACCACUUUUUCUGUGAAUUCAAUCAGGUUCUCCAACUUGCCUGUUCUGACACCUUUCUUAACAACAUUAUACUGUAUUUUUCAGCUGGGCUUCUAUGUGGUGGUCCCCUUGCUGGGAUCCUUUACUCUUACUCCAAGAUAAUUUCCUCCAUACAUGCAAUUCCAUCAGCUCAGGGGAAGUAUAAAGCAUUUUCUACCUGUGCAUCUCACCUCUCAGUUGUCUCCUUAUUUUAUGGUACAGUCCUAGGUGUUUACCUCAGCUCUGAUGUUUUCCACAGCUCACACUCAAGUGCAAUAGCCUCGGUGAUGUACACGGUGGUCACACCCAUGCUGAAUCCCUUCAUCUACAGUCUGAGGAACAAGGACAUAAAAAGGGCUCUGCAAAGAUUUCUUGGCAGGGAAGCUCUUCAAGGGCCAUCUGUACUAG